CCGCGCUCCGCGGUGCUCGUAUAGCAGAUGGUGUUCGUCUUUUGCUUCUCAUCCGUCGAAGUCGUGGCGGAGGCCGCGUUUCUGCUGGGAUUUCCAUCACUUCCUGCCUUUUCCCCUUCCAUUUUUCGGCUGGUCAGAUCCUUGGUGCAUUCUAAAUCCCUGCAACUCUUGAGAAGUCUUUGGAUGCCACGUGAGUGGUGAGAGGGCAUGGUUUCCCUAUCAGUCGGAGGACUUGGAGUGAGUCUAAGACUAUGCUUUGCUUUCCUCUGCUAUCUGAAGCCAACCUGCAAUGAAGACACAUUGAUUGAACUUGCAACGUCUCUUAAAGCUCUCCUCCUUGACCAUCUUGUGGAAUUGAAGAUGUUUUGUGAGGAUAAAGCAAUGGCCAGUCGAAGUCCUUCACCGAAAGUUACAAUGACAGGGAUAUCAAGCUCGAGUGGCAUCAUCUCCAUAAAUUCAGACAGAGAACCAACUCAAGCACUUGACCAGCAAACUGGGGCCUCGCAUGGACAUGUGGCUAUCCUUUGGGACAUUGAGAACUGUCCGGUUCCAAGUGAUGUCCGGCCCGAAGAUGUUGCUGGUAACAUAAGAAUCGCUCUACGAGUGCAUCCUUUCAUUAGGGGAGCUGUUACAGUGUUCUCUGCUUAUGGGGAUUUUAAUGCUUUCCCCAGACGAUUGAGGGAGGGCUGCCAGAGAACUGGAGUUAAACUAGUAGACAUCCCAAACACUAGAAAAGAUGCUGCCGACAAGGCUAUCUUGGUUGAUAUGUUUCUUUUUGCUCUAGAUAACCAACCACCCUCGUCAAUCAUGCUGAUAUCUGGCGACGUAGACUUUGCUCCUGCUUUGCAUAUUCUUGGUCAGCGUGGAUACACCAUAAUCCUUGUCAUCCCUUCAGGAGUCGGUGUUUCUUCGGCUCUCAGAAAUGCAGGACAGUUUGUAUGGGACUGGCCUUGUGUAGUCCGUGGCGAAGGUUUUGUGCCUCCAAAGACUUUUCCCCAUGGCUACAUCAUGAAUUUCAGGAAUGAGGAUAACCCUGACAUGGAAAAUGGAGAAGAGACCAUUGUUUAUCAAGGACUCUCGAUAAGCGAAGAUCCCACUUGGGGUAACUUUAACCAAGCAUAUAGUUGUAUGCCUUCGCAAGUAUCUAGAGAACGUAGUGGAGCUUCUCAAUCAUCAGAGUACAAUAUCAAUAACUUAGCAGCUGGGUCUUGUUUUACUUCUUCAAGAUGUGAAAGUCUUCCAUCUGUUCAAGUACAUCAGAAUUCUUCCCUGGAUCAGGACUGGUGGGUUCAACCAGGAGAUCUUCACGGUUUGAAGGGCCAGAUAGUAAGGCUGCUAGAGAUGUCUGGUGGGAGUUUGCCUCUCAUACGUGUUCCUUCAGAGUAUCUCAAGGUAUUUAGGAGGCCGCUCUAUGUGUCAGAGUAUGGAGCUUACAAACUGGUGAAUCUCUUUCAGAAAAUGGCUGAUGCACUAUUUGUAGUCGGGAAGGGGCAUAGAAAGCUGCUGUGUCUUCACAAUUCUGCUGGUAGACAUAUAAAAAGGUGCCUGGGUAGUCCAGCUAUGGUGAUGACAAAUGAAAAGGGAAAGAGGGUUCCGGAAGAGAGCAUCGAUAUCAGCACCUGUCCUCAAUUAGGUAGCUUCUCUGAUGAAUCCUUGGAAGAUGAGAAGAAUGAUGAUUUUUUUCUAGGUUCAACCUAUGAUUUUGAGGACCAGCUUACAAAUAUCAGACAGGAAACGCAAGAGCUUCUUGUUUGUUACUCUUGUCCAAUUCCCCUUGGUGCUUUUGCAGCUCUCUAUGAGCAGCGUUACAAGAAAGUCCUCGACUACCAGAGCUUUGGAGUGGAUUGUCUAGAACAAUUGAUUGAGAAGAUGAGAGAUGUUGUGAAGUUGUGUGAGGAUCGGGAUAGCAAGAAAAAGUUUCUUGUAUCCAGUUUCUUAAGCAGAUAAGUUAACUUGAAAGUUUGACUUACCAGAGAACAAAUGAUAAGUUGAAAAAUGUCGUGAAGUUGUACGAGGAUCAGCAAAGCAAGAGGGAGUUUCCUGUAUCCAAAUUUUUUAUGUGGAUAAGGUCAUUUCUAGUGGCCAAUUCGUCACUGCUAUCUUCUCUACUUCAUAAUCAGCAAGUCAAAUAUUAUGUUGUGCAGUAGUAUGCGUCCGGUGCCAACAAUGACACCUAUUUUUUUCCAAGUGUCUGUAAAGCAUGUCCAAAGGCACAAGCUGCACUUUAUGUACUUUAUGAUGUUAGCAAAUGAGAUGGCAAAUGGAACUCUACAUUUUCAAAAGUGGAGAAUUGACUUUA